AUGGAGCUGCGUUUGCUGCGGGUGCUGCCGAGAGACCCAACAGACCUCUGCGAUCCAGCCAUUCUGCGCAGGCUGUUAAAGGGUGUCCAAAUUCCAGCUCUGAAGAUGUGGGGCAACAAAGACGGUGAUUCCUGGUCACAGUUCAGUCCUGUGAUGGGGUUGACAGUGUCUAUGUCUGGUGUGGAGUCCAGACUCUUCUGCAUGAAGAAAGGCUUGUUUGGACUCGUUGCUACUCUGCGAGAGGUGCUCGCUUCCCUGGUCCGGCUGGCCGCCUUCCCAGGUGGUGCAUCCAAGUCCCAAGGCAGCAGUCGCAGAUCAUGCCACCUCGGGGAGAGGACCUGUGCUGCGCACAGCGUUCACGAUUGCAAGGGAGGAGACUGGAAGGAGGCUUUCAAGGAACCAACAAGAAAGGAGGGGGGAGCCGGGGCCGGAGCCAUCGCCGCCGCCAUCAACAUCAACGCCUCGACCUCCAAGUUCCUAAUGAAUGUUAUAACAAUUGAAGACUAUAAGAGCACAUAUUGGCCAAAGUUGGACAGUGCCAUAGAUCAGCUUUUAACUCAGAGUCCUGGUGACUACAUCCCUAUCUCCUAUGAACAAAUAUACAGUUGUGUGUAUAAAUGUGUAUGCCAGCAGCAUUCGGAACAGAUGUAUAGUGACCUAAUAAAAAAGAUAACUAACCACUUAGAGAGAGUCUCAAAGGAGCUGCAGGCCAGCCCUCCAGAUCUCUAUAUUGAAAGAUUUAACGUAGCUCUUGGACAGUAUAUGGGAGCAUUGCAGAGCAUUGUGCCUCUUUUCAUAUAUAUGAAUAAAUUUUACAUAGAAACCAAGCUUAACAGAGACUUAAAAGAUGACCUUAUAAAGCUGUUUACGGAACAUGUUGCAGAAAAGCACAUUUACAACCUAAUGCCUUUACUUUUGGAAGCUCAGUCAACACCGUUUCAAAUAACUCCUUCAACCAUGGCAAAUAUUGUGAAAGGCCUGUAUACACUACGACCAGAAUGGGUACAGAUGGCACCAGCUUUAUUUUCUAAAUUCAUCCCAAAUAUUCUACCCCCUGCUGUGGAAUCUGAGCUUCAGGAAUAUGCUGCUCAAGACCAGAAGCUUCAAAGAGAGCUUAUGCAGAAUGGAUUUACUAGAGGUGACCAGUCACGCAAGAGAGCUGGAGAAGAGUUAAGUUACAAUGGCUCAUCAGCUUGUGCAAGUUCCAGGGGGUACAGAUAGUGAAUAUACUGGAUCGGCUUCUAUUCCUAGCCAGAACAGACACUGGAGGAGCACAGGUGGUAUCUGGAGCCUCCUUUGGCAACUGCUGAUACUCAAGCUCUGACACGAACUAUGCCUCAAAGAAGAGUUUUGGACUUUCUUCUUCAUACAAUAAAAUGUCAGUUGCUGCUACAAUUGGGAUGACUUUGAAAGACAUGAUCCCUUGGUCUAGCCUCUCAACAAGUUCACGUUCUGCAAUUUUUGUGAGGAAUGCACCUUGAAAAACAAUCCUUUCAAAGUGGAAAUGGGCAGCCGAAAUCAGCAGCUUCCAAAAGCGUUAGAAUGGAAGAAUCUUUUUUGCACUCUUUUCUUAAUAUUAAGGACAUUCUUAAAACUAGUUAACACGUCAGUGUAUUAGUUUUUAAACUUCAAGGUAUUUUCUGGAGCUUUUACUUAAAUAAUAAGAAUAAAGUUUCAUUAUUUUGCA